AUGGCCGUGGAGGAUGGUGGCUACGAGCUUUUCGUGAAAUCUGAGCUUGAGAAGCUUUGUGAUAAAUUGGUGCAGAAGUACCAGGUCGAUGUCCGGCACGCAAGUGGGAAGUCCAGGGAUCAAGUCGUCUUGGGGCAAAACCUGCAGCCCAUUUCGCAUUCUGCGAGUGGUGUCUUCAGCACUGCAAGUAUCAAAUCGAAGAUCGCUGAUGAUCCAUUUCAGCCUGACCGGCUUGACCUCUCCACUGCCACUGCAUACAGUAUGGGCUCCCUGUCCUCACUGGACUUAGGGGGUGGCUCGAAGCAAACUGUUGCGGAACACAACUGGGCUGCGAUGACCGCGAAGCUCAUGGACAGAUUCCUGAUCCCGGAGUCCGAGAGCGAGGAAGAAGAUGUCGCAUCCUAUGUGAAAGAGGACAUACUGGCACUCCGAGCUCCGUGGAAGACUUCGCUGCGACAGCAUGCCUUAAAGCGAGAGAAGGCUGACAAUGUCAAGUCGCCCUUGCUUCGGCGCCAGACACAUCGCAUGAAAGAUGCAGCCAUGGACGGCUCGUGCCUGCAACCGCUGGUGAGAAGGCCUAGCAGCAAGAUUCAGAUUACUUGGUCACUCCUCGGUGUCCUCUUCAUCGUAUGGGACAUGAUAGCGAUCCCUCUGGAGCUCUUCGACAACGAGGAAUUGAGCUCCUUGCUCUUGGUGGUGGGGAGGGUCUCUUUCGGAUACUGGCUUCUUGGCAUGCCACUUCAUGCCGUCUUUGGCAUUGAGAUUGACGGACAUCUUGAAAUGCGCCCACGGGUGCUUCUCAAAAAGUACUGGCGGUCCUGGUUCGGUGUCGACCUGAUGGUGAUCGGCAUCGACGCGGGGUUGAUGCUUGUCGAGUUGUUGUCAGACAGCGUACCUGCAGGAGCACGAUCUGCUCGAUUCCUGCGCACAUUGCGACUCUUGCGGCUUCUCCGUCUCCUGCGUGUGGCAAAGCUGCAACGCGAGCUGACGAAACUUGCCAACAAUUUCCUUUCCACUUAUGCCUUCAUGGUGAUGCGGAUCGUAUCUGGACUGCUAAUGAUUCUGACAGUGAACCACAUCAUCGCAUGUUGCUGGUUCGGCCUCGGCCGCUGGACUCUCGUCGAAGAUGGCAGCAGUUGGCUCCUCGACGCGGGCAUCGCAGAUGCAGGCCUUGCCGAUUCGUAUGCCACGUCUGUUCACUGGGCCCUUACACAGUUCACACCCGCAACGAAUAACGUCGCGCCAGUUAACUUUAUGGAACGAUUCUUUGCCGUUUGGGUCAUCCUCCUGGCCAUGGGGACUUUCUCCUCUUUCAUCAGCUCCAUCACUGCGACCGUCACUACUUUGAUGGCUUCCAGGGCUGAGCAGUUUAAGCACCACUCAUCUUUGGUGCGCUUCUUCAACGACAGAAACCUUUCUACCGAUACUUAUUCGAAGAUCAAUGAUGUUCUGAGGAGACAAGGAAUGUAUGAUGUCCGCCUAAAGGAGAGAGAUGUCAAGCUUUUGCAAGAUGUUCCCGAACAUUUGAAGGUCAUGCUUCACGAGGAGAUGUUCAUGGCUUCUCUCACAUCCUUGUGUAUCUGGAAGCGCUGGAGACACGAGGAUGAUCUCCUGAUCCACCGACAGAUUUGCCAUUUGGCAAUGGUCGAGCAUAUCGCCUCCCCGGGAAACGAUGCUUUCAUGCCCGGGACGGAAUGUACGCAGGUUUACCUUCUGGAUCAAGGCAGUAUGGGCUACAUCGCCAGGCAAUUCAGCAACCUGGAAUCGGAAAUCGUCUCUCCGGGGCAGGUGCUGUGCCUGCCAUGCCUUUGGGCUGAGUGGCUCCAUCGUGGACGUCUCACUGCAGAUGGCGGUACGACUGCCUACUACAAUGGGAUCGACUGUGACAAGUUCUGUGGGCUUGUCAAACAGCACGGGAAUCCGCUCUGGCAGUAUUUGCAGAUCUAUGGAAUACUCGUUGUCAGUGAGAUCGAACACAUGGAUGCAGAGGACAUCUUCGUCACAGACUUGCCCUUGGGCGAGGCCAAGAUGGACGACAUCGCAACCCGUGCCGGGCGUUUCGCAAACCUGGUCAACUCUCGGCAGGAGUCUGAGAAUGUGUCCUUGGUGGCGACACUUGCUGGAAUCGGACACACUCCCUCGCAGCCCUCGCACCGUCAGUCCUCCAGAACCUCGACGGUGCGGUCACAGGAUCAGAAUGCUCCGGCUGUGAUCGUAAGUACUGAGAUGUGA